AUGGUCAUAGACGAGCUCGUACUUUCAAGCUGCAACGUAAAGAUCUUACGGCGCAAGCCUGUCGGCUCUUUGUUCAAUCCUGAUUUCUCGCUGAUGCGCUCUUCUGAAUCUUUCACUACCACAACCGCCAUCCACAGGACGAACCGGACGAGGGUCAUGCGUUGA